AUUGGCGGGAAAGAUAGCGGAGGCGGGCUAACUAUUAGGCGAUUGGCUGGCCGUGGGAGAGGCCAGUGACUGAUUGGCUGGGCGGCGGGAGCAGCCCGUGAGGAGAGUCUGAGGCGGAGCGGCGGCGACCACGGAGGCGAGCGCCGUGUUUUGGGUCGGGGGUGUUGGGGCAGCCGGUGGGUCGGGAUGAGCGUGACGGGGACGCCCGCGGUGGUGUCGGUGUCCAUCAGCAGCACCCUCAACUCCUUCCGGGCCUUGAAGCGAUACGCCCGCGGGCUCACCAUCGCCGAGUUCAAGUGUAAGCUGGAAUUGGUUGUGGGAAGCCCGGCAUCAUGCAUGGAUCUCGAACUCUAUACUCCAGACGACAAGUUUGUGAUGAAGCUGGACAGCGAUGAGGCCUUGCUGGGGUCUUACCCCAUUGAAGACGGGUGCAGGAUUCACGUUACUGACAGGAGUGGUGCAACAAUCGGAGAAUAUGAAGAUGUGUCGAGGGUAGAGAAAUUCGAACUACCAGAUUCUGAAUAUGACAAGAGGAGAGGUACAGCACGCUCCUUCAUGAAACACAGUAAGUUGGGACAGUACAACACGGAAGAAAUGCUGAAGAAGGAGACAGAGAGAGAGGAGAAGUUGGCGGAGGAGAAGGCCCUGGCAGAAGCCAUUUCUGUGGGGGCAAGGUGUGAGGUGCGGGCGGCAGGGCAGCCCAGCAAACGGGGGACAGUGAUGUAUGUUGGCUUAACGGAGUUCAAGCCUGGUUACUGGAUCGGCAUAAAGUACGAUGAGCCUUUGGGGAAGCAUGAUGGCAGUGUGGAUGGGAAGCAGUACUUCGAAUGCCUGCCCAAGUAUGGAGCUUUUGUGAAACCCCGGAACGUCACCAUGGGGGAUUUCCCAGAAGAGGACUACGGACUGGAUGACGAAAUGUGAUUGGGAUAGGAAGAGGCGGGGGUGGCCGAAGGAAGCGGAGGGGAUCACCAUGCUCUCUGUUAAUGCAGCCGCCGGGGUGCUGCUUUUUCUGCAGUGUGCUGCUAUGUUCUGAUCCCGUGCCGGAUGUCACUUGGGUGAGCCAGAGGGAGAAGACGUGGAAGCCGCUCUGUAUUCUUCGACUUGUGUUGGUGUUUUUUCUUGUCCCCGGUUGUCUGUCUGUUCAUUGAAGAUGCACAUCCACGUGAUUUUUUUUCUCACAAACACACCCUUCUGUGCCAGGUCAGUAACAUAGAGAAGCCUGGUGUGUCUGUGCAUUGUAGCAGCAAUCCUUGAAGGGGUGGGAGUGGCAGCAAAGUCUCUUCUGUUCCUCUCCCCCCUCACCCCACCCCAAUAGUAAUGCCUGCAGGUUCCAGAAGCAGCUGGACAGUUAGCAGAACAGGCUGGAAGGAGAACCUCAAAGCAGAUUUGUCUGAGAACCUUCCUGCUUUUAAAAAAGCAAAUAUAUUAAUGGAGACAUUUCUAUGACCAUUCAUCUUUUUUUCCCAUUGUGAAAACUUUUUUGUGCAACUAGCUGAUGCUGUUAAAAUUACAGAUUAAAACUUUGGGAGAAAAUACAUUCCAGA